CAAGGCAGCAAUCACUGCUGCGGCGUCAAGAGAUUCCGUUGUCCGGAGAUCCACUACAUCGGUCCCCAGAGGCAGAAGCUCAAGCCGUUUCGAAUUCAAUAGAAUCUCUUCGGAUUCCCACGAGACCCGAAAAAUGCAUCUGGAUCGGGCCAACCCGACUCGAGAACCGGGAGGGAGCUUCAGAAGCGCCGAAAAGGUUACAAGUUUAACGGGUAAGGGAAGUGGCGAAAAGAGUGCUUCUAAAAUAGUGGGUGGGAAGGUUCAGAGAGAAAAAUAUUCGAUUUUGAAAGAUGGGAGCAAGGUUUCGGAAGAAAGUAGUGGUUGUAAUAGUGGGAAGUCCUCUAGUAGGCUUCACGAAAAGCUUGCGUUUCUUGAAGGGAAGGUUAAGAGAAUCGCUUCGGAUAUAAAGAAGACUAAGGAGUUGUUGGAUAUGAACAACCCUGAUGCGUCAAAGGUGAUACUUUCGGAUAUUCAGGAGAAGAUUUCGGGGAUUGAGAAGGCUAUGGUUCAUGUCACUGGUGCUGAUUCUGGUAAAGUGGGUAGUUAUAGUAAUGGAAAUGUUGAAAACAUUUGUAAAGGGGAAUCUGAGAAUGAUGAAUCUAAGAGAUUGGGUGACGGGAAGAGCUUGAUCAAAGGGUUGAAAACUGAGGAGCUUGAGGAUAGGUUGUUCCCUCACCAUAAGUUGAUUAAGAAUCGGAUACUAUUGAAGGAAUCAUGGUCGUCCUCGUCGGAGAGCUGUUUAGUUAAUGGAUCUGAUGAUGUGAAGGCUAAGGUGGAAAAUAACAAGGUGCUAAGUCCUGUUUGUGAGAAUUCAAUUGCUGUGGAGUUUUUGGCUUCUCUUAAUAACGACAAGGAGAUAAGUGUGGGUGGUGGUGGUGGUGGUGGUGGAGUCAGGUGCUGCGAGGUGCAGGAAACUGAGGGUGGUCGCAAUGCGAUGAAGGGCUCUUCGUCUGGCUUGAAUCAGAGGUCUGACAAUAUUGAUAUGCUUCUUGAGUCUGACGAGAAGCUUGAGGAAUUUGAUGAUCAGGAGAAUAAGCAGGAAGCAUUUGUUGGAGAUGAGAUGGAUGAAGCUUUCAAUUAUAAGCUAAAUGAGAUCGGAGACAAGAAUGCCACUGGAGGAUGGUUUGUGUCUGAAGGGGAGGCUGUCAUCCUUGCUCAUGAUGAUGGUUCGUGUUCAUAUUAUGAUAUUGCCAAUUGCGAGGAAAAAGCUGUAUAUAUGCCCCCACCUGAAGUGUCACCUAAUAUGUGGAGAGAUUGUUGGGUAGUUCGUGCCCCUGGUUCGGAUGGUUGCUCUGGAAGGUUUGUGGUAGCUGCAUCUGCUGGCAAUACUAUAGAUUCAGGAUUCUGCUCAUGGGAUUUUUACACAAAGGAAGUGCAAGCUUUCCAGACUGAGGUUGGAACAGCAUCUUCAAGAACAGCACUUAGACCUUUGUCCAAUAAUGUUGUGCAGAGGAGAAGUUCUGCAUUUGGCAACUUGGCAGCAGAAGCCAAGCAAUGUUGGUAUAAACCCUGUGGACCCCUCAUCAUCUCUACUACCAGCUCACAGAGGGCUGUGAAAGUUUUUGAUGUUCGUGAUGGAGAGCAAAUCAUGAAAUGGGAUGUUCAGAGGCCUGUUCUUGCAAUGGAAUAUUCUAGCCCUUUGCAAUGGAGAAAUAGGGGAAAAGUAGUAGUAGCAGAAUCCGAGUCCAUUUCUCUUUGGGAUGUGAACUCACUCAAUCCUCAAGCUUUGCUUUCUAUUUCGGUGGGUGGGCAGAAAGUUUCUGCUCUACAUGUGAGCAACACUGAUGCUGAGAUGGGUGGAGGAGUUCGGAAAAGAGUAAGUUCCUCAGAAGCCGAAGGAAAUGAUGGUGUGUUUUGCACCUCAGAUUCCAUUAACAUCUUGGACUUCCGCCAACCCUCUGGCAUUGGCCUUAAAAUAUCAAAACAUGGCAUUAGCGCGCAAUCAGUUUUCUCUCGUGGAGACUCUGUUUUGCUUGGCUGUACUAGCUCCAAUGCAAUGGGCAAGAAGCAAUCCUCAUAUAUGUUGCAACAAAUCUCGUUGCGCAAACAAGGACUAUUCCACACUUACGCCUUUCCAGAAUCUAAUACCCACUCACACUAUGCAGCAAUCACCCAAGUUUGGGGUAAUUCUGAUUUUGUCAUGGGUAUUUGUGGCCUCGGACUUCAUGUCUUCGAUACGCUAAAAGAUGAUGAUGCAUUGAAGAUUUUCAACAUGGAUUCCUCAAAUUCACAAACUUUUAGAGAAAUCAUUGGACCAGAUGAUUUGUAUUGCCCUUCAUUUGAUUACAUCGGAUCUCGUGCUCUUUUAAUAUCAAGAGAUCGACCAGCUAUAUGGAGGCAUCUAAUAGUUUAAUAGUAUUAAUAACUAGUAGUAACUAUCUUUGUUAAUAAUGUUCGUAACUGUUACAGAGGUGACGAGCUAAGGAGUCUUAGAGAUUCUAGUUUAAGUCAAGUUGGAACCAGACCGAGAAGGCAAUUUACGAAAACAUUUCGAUACUUAAGUUAUUAGUAUUUUUAGGUGUUAGAGAGAAGUGUGUUACUUGUUAAGUUUUUCUUUUUUCCUGUAAUACAUUGUUUUGAUGUCUGUUUGUAGACAUUUACUGACUUUAACGUACUACUUUAAUGCCAUGUUUUGAUGUUAAGUUAAA